CAAGAAUUUCGUAACCUAGGAAAACUUGAAGUCAGACUUGCCCCUGAAAAAUUAUCCGUGUGUUAGGCUGUAAAAUUUCCGAGAAUAUUAGGAUGGACGACGAAAGUGAUCAGGACAGUAUUAUCGAAGAGGAUUAUUACGCAUUCCUGAAUGUCUCAAGAAACGCAACUCCUGAUGAGAUCCAUCAGGCCUUUCGGAGACAAAGUAGACUUUAUCAUCCAGACAAACACAUCGACCCAGCACUUAAGAAAAAAGCCGAGGUAUUAUUCAGUCGGACGAAUAAAGCUUAUGAAGUUCUCAAGGAUCCGCACCAAAGAGCAAUUUACGAUUCCUUGGGGGUAAAAGGUCUGGAGACAAAGGGAUGGGAAAUCGUCCAGAGGACCCAGACCCCUCAAGAAAUUCGUGAGGAAUACGAAAGGAUAGCCAGGGAGAGGGAACAGAAGAGGCUUGAGCAACGUACGAAUCUCACUGGAAAUAUAACAGUUCACGUGAACGCCACCGAUCUCUUCAAUAAAUACGAUGACGACUAUCAAAGUCCCUUAUUCGGAGGUAUCGAGACGACAGGAAUGACUUUUGAACAGUCCAUUGAGGCUCCUCUCACUCUUCGGGAUAAAUUAAUUCUGUAUGGACUGCUGGACAUUCAGAAUGGAGUCGGGGUGGGGACCAUUAACGUCGCAGCAAGAAGAGCAUUGUCUGCAAAAAAUUAUUUGGAGCUUGAUGUUGGCGGGGGAAAUGGACCCAAUGUAGCUCUCAAAGGGUAUCACGCACUUACAGACAGAGUAUUCACUACUGGAGCCCUUUCCCUCCAAUUUUCUCCAGAAAAGGCUCAACUAGGAAUGGCAUCAACUCUUGGAAUGCAAUUGGACAAACAUACCGUUGGGUACUUGACUCACAAGACUGGAUUCAAUGGAUCCAUGUCCAUGAGAGUUGUCACGAACAGCGAGAGAUCGUUUACUUCGUUUUCAAUUCAGUUUGGAUUCAUUAACUCUUAUGCUAGUCUUAGCUACACCUAUAAAAUGCCAGAGAAGAAGAUGAAGUUGCGGGGGGCUGUGCGAGUUGGCACUUCUGGAUAUUUCGUGGAAUAUGGGGCAGAGAAACGGGUUUCCAAGCACAGUUUUCUCUCAGCAGCGGUGCGUGUUGGGGUCCCAUCAGGCGUUUCCUUAAGGUUAAAAUUAAUGCGUGCAUCUCAAACUUACCUGCUUCCCAUCAGUUUGUGUGAAGAUGUGCUACCAGCUCCAGUAUUCUAUGCAACAGUAGCACCUCUUAUUACGUGGACGUUUGUCAAGAAAUUAAUCAUUGAUCCUGUGGUGAAGGAGCAGAAGGAACGCGAGAGGGAGAAGCAGAAGGAGUUGAACAAGGCCAGGAUGCUAGAGAAGCAGAGGGAAGCCAGGGCUGCUGUUGAUCUCAUGAUGGCUACAUUCAGCAGAAUUCGGGCUGAAGAAGAGGCCAAAGGGGGUCUCGUCAUCACUAAGGCACUUUAUGGCAGAUUUGUUUAUCCUGAUAGGAGGAACAGGGACGAGGAAAUUGACAGUGAGUCCAAGGAUGAUGUUAUUGAUGUCACUGUGCCACUCCAGUGCCUCGUUGUUAAUUCAAGGCUGGUCCUCCAUGAAGCUGCAAAGAGUGAAUUGCCUGGAUUUUAUGAUCCUUGCUUUGGAGAAGACAAACAAAUGCUCCUCCAGUAUCUCUUCCACCGACAGACACACGAGUGUCUAGUGAAGGACCUUGAGCCCCUUAGAAUACCUGUACAAUAAAUUUAUUCUUACAGCUCACCGUGUAAAUACCACAUGACAAAAGCGACAGACGAGAACAAAGCAACUGCAAAAAUAAUGUUCGAGAGAUUCAAUUCGCUACUAAAUCACAAAUGGCUUUGAUGUCAAUAUAAAAUAUUGAUGAAAUAAUUUAAUGGAAAAUGUUGACACUUUCUUGUGAUUAACAAAAGUUGAUUGAUUGUAUUUUUGUGGAUGAUGAAAUUAUAGAUUGUCCAUGAGUUGACAAAUAUUUUCCUCUCAAAAUCUGUAUCGAAAUCGUAAAAUCGAGUAAAAAAAUGCAAAUACUUUAA